AUGGCAAGUGGUGAGAAGGGAGACGUGGGGCAGAUAGGGCAGGCUGGCCCUCAGGGUUUCACCGGGACGAAGGGCGAGCAAGGUUUCAAAGGAGAAAAAGGGGAUCAAGGAAUGGAUGGCCCCCCAGGCUCACAAGGCCCCCAGGGAGAAACUGGCACAUGCCCUGCCACCUGCCAGAGUGUCCAGGGUCCACCAGGUCUACAAGGCGUACCUGGACCAGCCGGAGCCCGGGGCCUGCCUGGGGUCCAGGGACCUAUGGGACUCAAAGGUCUUACGGGCGAUAAGGGUGACAUGGGUAAACCGGGAGAACCCGGGAAGAACGGAACAAAGGGUGAUCAAGGUGAGAAAGGGGUGUGUAUGUGCAAAGAUGGGGUGAACGGCACUAAUGGGAGUCCAGGAGUAAGCGGGAUAAAAGGGGACAAAGGUGACACUGGUGCAAUGGGUGUACAGGGCCCCAUUGGACCAAAAGGCAACGAAGGCCACAUGGGGAUCAUGGGGCCACCUGGGCCCUGCUCCCCGGCCAUCCAAUCGGCUUUCUCUGCAGCUGUCAACCAGUCGUUUCCUGCUCCAAACUGGCCAAUUGCUUUCCCUGUCAUCAUUACCAACCAGCAGGGGCACUUUAAUUCAAUCAUGGGCAUAUACAUGGCCCCCAUCAACGGCACCUACGUUUUCACCUAUAACCUGGCAGUUGCUACAAAGCCCCUUACAGUGGGCCUGUUUGUCAACUUCAACCCUGUAGUCAGAAACACAGAAGUAUAUAGCCGCUCCAGUACCAGCCAGACUAUCGUCCUAAACCUCAAAUCGUUUGACCGGGUGUGGCUGCAGGUGAAGAACGACCUCACCAACGGCAUUUACACCGACAUGGAGAGCAGCAGUACGUUUUCCGGGUAUCUGCUGCACCCUGACUCCUGUGAAAUGCCCUUUGGCCGUAUGUUCGUGCCCGAGUAUCAUUAUAAACCGGGCGACUUCACCUGGGAGGAUCCUUCAAACAAAACCACCACCGCCCCUCCACAACAUUAG